UUGUCAUUACUGCAUACAGAAUGAAGGUGUUUACAUCAAUUUUUGUAUUGAUUUUGUUAGAAAAGUGUUCAACUUACCUUAUAAAAGUUCCUACAAAACCAGCACAACCAAAUAUAGUUCCAGUAAUAUGGCAAAACGUACAAAAACUAAUUCUCCCAUUAUUUGAAAACGUCUGUGAAGAAAGCACUGAUGAAACUGUUCUUCGAUUAGACAAGGAGUUCGAUUUUGACUCUGCAAGUGUCGAUUAUACAAAAUCAGACGUAGUUGAUAAUCUACAAAAGCUAAAUAGUAGCAACGGUUUAUUACCAAAGGGUGAAAUAUUUUCUGAAUAUAACCGCAGUCAUCUAUAUGAGCUCAAAAUACUGUAUGACGUUUUCUACUAUGCUAAAGAUUUUGACACUUUCUACAAAGCAGCAUCCUGGGCUCGACAAAAUAUAAACUGUGGAUUAUUUGUUGAUGCUAUUUACUUAGCUGUAGUAACGAGAAAAGAUACUUCAAAAAUAUCUAUACCUGCUCCUUAUGAACUUAUACCAAAUUAUUUCAUUCAAAAAGAUGUAAUCAUAAAAGCAUCCUCACUUCUAUCCGGAGAAGAUUUACCAGAUCUUGAUGAUAUUAAAGUCGAAAAUAAUGCAUAUAUACUGGAUGCUAAUUAUACAAGUGAUAUGGAUGAUGAAUACGAAGACUCUAAUCUAGCUUACUUUCGAGAAGAUAUCGGCUUAAAUUCUUAUUAUUUUUUGAGAAAAUUAAUAAAUGCACCAUGGCUUAAUAUACCGACUGACGCAAACAAUAACUAUGGUGAUAUUAUGUUUUUUAUGAUGAAACAACUUGCAGCACGAUACGAUCUAGAAAGAUAUUCAAAUAAAUUAGAGGAAUUGGAGAGCUUAAACUGGGAUUCAGUAGUGGAUGCAUAUGAUCCAAAGCUAAUAUAUUCAAAUGGUAAUGAAUUUAGUCAUCGAACAAUUUCGGGUAUUUCAAGUAAUACAGAUGAUAUCACUUACAUAAAAACCAUCGAAAAUAGCCUAUCAAAUAUCACUGCCCAUUUAAGACAAGCAGGAGGACAUAACAAAAUUCAAAUUUUAAAUCACCUUAUAGACGUAAUGGUUACUUCUGAAGAAAGCUAUGAAAAUUACGCGCGUCGGUUGUUAAACCAACCAUCUGAUAUGAACGAAAGACAAUAUUCUACUUUGGAUCAUUAUUUGACUACGGUACGGGAUCCAAUAUUUUGGAGAAUCAAUAAAAAGAUCGUAGAAUUGAUAGACAAUGCCCUAAAAGUUUUACCGGGGUACACUAGAAAAGAUUUGCACUUUCCAGGUGUUGAAAUAUUGAAUAUAGAAACAAAAAAACUGAUGACUUCUUUUGAAAGUUUUCAAUUCGACGUUACGGACUCUUUAAAGACAAUACAUGCAAACACCACCUUUCAAGUAAAAAUUGCACAAACUAGACUUGACCAUAAAACGUUUACAAUGAAACUUAAUAUUUCAUCACUCGUAACUCAAACGGGCUUGGUAAGAAUAUAUAUAGGACCAAAAACAAUGCCUGGUGAAUUCGUUACAAAGAAAAACUUGUUUGUUUUAAUCGACAAGUUCAAAUUUAAUCUUAAACGUGGUAUUAAUAUUAUUUCAAGAUCAUCAGACGAAAUGACAUGUUUUUCAAAAGAUUUCAUAUCCCUUAGAGUAUUACGUAAGAAAGUAGAAGAUGCUGAAUUUGGGUUGGAAUCACUGCCUUCACAAGAUAUUGACAGGCAAAUAGAGUAUCCUUCUAGGUUAGUUCUUCCAAAAGGUUGGCCAGAAGGUCUUCCUUUACAAGUUUUUGCAUUUAUAGCUCCGUUGACUAAAAGCAGCUUAAGUGGAUCUUAUUUAACUGGAAAUAUGGACUAUAAUACACCCAUAUUGUCUGCUGGGUAUCCAUUUGAUUUAAAUGUUGAUGAAAAUCAGAUGUUUAACCUUCCGAAUGCUUUGUUGAAAGAUAUUGCCGUAACGCAUAAAGGAGCUGGUAAAACAUCGUUAUAUAAUGAUAAAGCUUAUUCGAAAAAAUGGGAUGCUAAUGAUUCAUUUGGUCCAAAGCAGUUUGAUUACACAGCUAAAAGAGAAUAUAAUUACAAGAAUUAUCAAGACGAAGUAGAAGAAGAAAGUUAUGAUCGUCCGAUUGAGAACGUGCACAGUUUGUUAGGUGCAAGACCUGCAUUUACAUAUAGAAAUACUACAAAUGAUAUAGUAAAUAAAAAACAAUUUAAAAAGAAGGAAAAAUUUCCUUCAAACCCGGUUGACAUUAAAAAACAGGAACUCUUUGAAAAUAGCCUAACAGACACUGAAAAUGUAAAUAUUAACUCAGAACCAAUAGAAAAUACUACUGAUGUUGGCAAUAUUUUAAAUAAAAUCAAAACAUCUUUAAUAAAUCCAAAAUUGUAUAACAAUAAAGAAAACGAUAUUGGUUAUGAUAUGACAGUUAUCAAAAAUAAAGCAAAUGACUUAAUAUUAAAUGGCAAACCAUUUGAACCGUUUGAAACAACUACAGACAAAACAACUGAUAUAUUUCAUAAAUCUUAUAAUAAAUGGCACACAUUUUUAGGGGUUCGGCCUGAUUUUACUUAUAAAAAAGACACAUUAGAUUACUCUUCGAAACGUAAUCAAUACAAAGAAAAAAAAGAAAAAUAUGGAACAAUUAAACCAGUAUUCAAAAAGGGCGACUACCCAUAUAGCGACAUCAAUAAAGUAAAAGAAAAAGCAAAUGUUGAUUUAGUGAUUGACACAGAAAAAGUUGAUGUGAAAAACAAUGACGUAACUAAAAAGAAUAUUAUUAUUGAUGACAACAAUAACUUGGUAAUGAAAAAUAUAUCUGAAAAUAAAUAUAUAAAUAAAAGCAAUGGCGAAAUAACAAAGGAAAUCGUUGAUAAUCUUACCACAGAAAAAAGUAACAUUGUUGAAAAAGAUAUACAAUAUUCUACUAAUAAAAAUUAUGACGAUUAUGUGGAGGAUUCUGGUUAUCCGGUUUCAUAUGAUGACGAUAUUUCUGUUAUCAUAUCAGAAGAACCAAAGAAACGAGUAACUAUAUACGACUUUUUAUUUAACAAUAUUCCUGAUGAGGAGAAAGUAUACGAAUAAAACAAUCGCCAUUCUACAUAUUUUAGCUAAUAUUAUAAUAAGUUUAUUUAUUUUUAAUUUGUUUUAAUAAAUAAAAACUUCGUUCCACUUUAUCUUA